AUGUAUUUCUUCAAACUUUUUACGUUCAUGUUCGAUAUUUUCGGUUUCAAAUUUAUUGAAAUAUCUACUGUAUGUAUAGCUAGAAAUGUGAAACAUUGCAUAAAAAAAUAUUUCUCAUUAUUUAUAAUUUUGAUAGACAAUCAGUUGAGGUCUUGUCCUAAUACUAAUAAUUCGUCGAUCUUGCCAUAUUCAUCAAUUGAAUAUAUUGAAAUAUGAAAUUCGCAUAAGACAUUCGAAAUUUCGAAAAAAAAAAUCGGAAUUUUUUAUCAGAAGAAGGACCAGCAGAGGUAAUUCUCUCAUGGGUGGUUGGAAGGUUAUCAACACAGCUGCUCCAACUGUAUCACUAGAAAGAACACAAAUGCACGAUAGAAAAGUGCUUUUAUUCAAUUUUAUCAAUUAGUUUUUGAGAAUGCGAAGAACGGAAGUGUUAUAAUAACAUAGUAUCUGUCAUCAACUGAGGGGGCAACUGCAAACUGACUAUACUAUAACUAUCUAAAACUGUAAUGACUCAUCGAUCUUCACGUGAACAUCACUUAACUACCAGUAGUCGGCUGUUCAUAGGCGGGGUAUGAAUGUUUAACAUGGGUGAACUAGAUUUGUCACAUGCUUAAUAAAGAGUGGUUUGAAACAUAUUGUAAGUCAAAAAUUUGCGAAUUACCUUUAUUCAUCGUCGCUUCCACUUACAUCUGACAGUAAUAAACUGUCGCUAUCGCUUUCCUCGUUGAAAUUGACUAUAACUGGCUCUAUGAUGGUAUCGAUGUGGUGGUCAAGCUGCCACAUUUUUGUUUCUUCCUUCACAGCAUGACGGAUAGCAUUCUGCCAAGCUUCGGGCGUUACUAGCUGUAUGGAAGUCUCAAGUAAAACCUUAACGUCUGGUAAUUUGAAAGUUGUGUUCUGGCGCGCAAUAUAACCCUUCACUUGAGCCCAGAUGAGCUCUAUUGGGUUCAGUUCACAGUGGUAGGGCGGUAACCGCAGCACAGUGACACCACAUUGUCACGUAACUAAUGUUCGCAGGUUUGUGCUGUUUAAUUUUUUCAUACAAUUCCGCUUUCACACAUGAAUCGUCAAACGGGAUUCCUUUUUUCGCGCAACCAUUGCUGCAUGUCACUUUUUCGAGAUCCCAUAGUCGGUACACGUUCGGCUCGACGACUAUGGUAGGAAGCAUUAUCCAUGACGAUCACAGAGUUGGGCUCAACUCGCUGAAGCACCCCUUGAAACCAGCUCUCGAAGCAGCUGGCAUUCAUUUCGUCAUGGUAAUCACCUCCUUUCUUAGAGACGAAAAUCAAGUCACACUCUUUAUAUCAUCCUGAAAUUCGAUAAAUGUUGGACGAACUUUUGUCCUUUGUUUUUUAGGCAAAGUAUAUCCUGAUGCCGUCAAUGUCUUUUUAAAUUCCUCUGGGAAUUCAACCAAGGUAGCCAAGUUACAUAUUGAUGUCAGCUUGCGAUGAAUAAGGUCAUAAUGAUCAGGAUGUAACACAAUCUUCUCUACUUGUUCUUCUGCAGCAAACUUAACUAGACCGGCAGUUUUAGUAGUAAACUUAUGAUUAAAAGGAGUAUCCUCUGGUUUCAGUGUAAUUUUAAGAUUUAAUUCUAGAAUGAUAGUAAAGGCUUUAUAAAUUGUAGCAGGAUUUCUUGUCUCUGCAUCAUAGACUGUAUUAGUCCAAAUCUCUACGUUUGCCCACUAUCGCUACCAAUAUGAGUUACGAUCAAUCUUUGACCUUUCACUGAUGGUCCACGAAGACCUGUUGACAAACCUUCAAUGCUUGCUUGUCGGUUACUCACUACGUUUUUGUCUAUCCAGGUUUUUUAACUGUGUGACCUGCAUUUACCCAUGUCUCGUCCAAAUAAUAGAUUUUUCUGCUUUGUCGCCUAUAUUCAAUCAUUUCGCGUAGGUAUUUUCGACGCCAGGCGACUAUUUCAGGUCUCUCUAUCAAUACUGACUUCCGAUUACGCGUUUCGUAACGAAAAUUAAUUUCGUGCAGGGAUUUCCUCAUUACCUCGACGCUCAUUUGGGCUAUAAUUUCAUUUUCCUUGAUCGCUGCAUGUACAGCCUUGAGGGUUGGUAUCUCAUUCCUAAAGAAGAAUGAAUGUACGGUUCGCCUUAACGCCAUUUUGCUAUCGUCAUCCAAUUUAACGGCCUUUCGUCCCUUCAAAUUAAACUUUGGAUCAGUAGUAGCUCCAGUUUUCUUCUUUUCAUGCACCACCCUGCGAAUGGUCCGCUCUGGAACGCCUGUCAUACUUUCACAACGCGCGAGUGCAUCUCCCUGCGACAUAGUUCUGUUCAGAUAAUUGAACACGUUGAGCACGAUUUCUUUCGCGUCCCUCUUCAGUGCAUUACGAAGCCGUCUACUUGUUCCCUGGCUUUCAGUACUUCCAUUCGUGCCAUUUGUACUCUCCAUGGUUAAGUAUAACAAAAACAGUAACCACAAAAACCACAACAAUAACAAUCACACAACAAUUCUUAUAAAAACACACAAUAUGCGAUCGCUCAACGAAACACGUUCCAAUGCGUUGCCGACGCCUAUGAGUCUGCCGGUCGAGGCGCGUCUUUGAUUACAUUGGUUCUACCGGCGGAGAACAAUCAGCCAUUAUUUCCAUCUCUGUCUGUGCUGCUGACCACCGCAAAGCCACAGAAACGACAUAUGUCGUACGCUAUACGGCUGUACUGGAAGGAAGCCGGAAUCGAGCUCUGAUCACGUGUUGAUCACGCGCAUGAGUCAUUACAGUUUUAAAUAGUUGUAGUAUAGCGGCGGCAAUGCUAGCAACAGUCACGUAGCUGUUUUGUUGGUAUGAGCGCUUGUAUUUGAAUACAUGUGUGUAGUCAGGUUGCAGUUGGGCUGCGAUCAGAUUAUGGUUGUUUUCGGUGAGAAAGGUCCCUAAAAUAACAUUCAGUUGUCAGGUGUGCGAGGUCUGUAAAUUAAGCGAUGUUCGAUUUUUUAAAUUUGUUUAUUCAAAUAUAAUUUCAAUUUCAUAUCGUCACCCUCAGAUUAACUUCCUUCUGAAGCCACACAGCGCUGGAGACGUUUCUUACACUCGUCAUUGCAAUGCUGGAACUCCGAUACUGGAAUAGCCUUCAGCUGGUCGGUUAUAGCGGUUUGAAUGUUUUGGACUAUCCCAAAAUGAGUUCCCUUGAGGUCAUUUUCCAACUACGGCAAGAUAAAAAAGUCACAAGGACUCAAGUCAGGCGAAUAAGCAGACUGAGGAUGGUUUUACUGGGCAAAAACUCGUUUAUUGACAUUGCUGUGUGGAGCAUUGUCGUGUUGCAACGCCCAGCUGCUCUUGAUCUGAUGAACGGUGAUGUGGGUCAAAUUUAACUCUUCCCCGAUCAUUCUGACUGUCAACCGACGAUUCCUCGGUUCUUGAAGAUGGUCUUUCGCUUCGUGGUUCAUCUUCUCCCUUCUGUUUCAGAAACUCCCCAAGCGUGGCGCUUCCAGUGUUGCGAGAUCGAACGCUACAAUGCCGCAUCAUUACUUAAUUUACAGACCUCGUAGAACACAUAGUGUUUCAGCAUUUUCCUGAUUACCCAUUUUACUUUAGCAUUUUUAAGCAAGUAACUGCCCACACUUCAGGAAGUCCAUAUUUUGGAAAAACGUAUUUACCGAUAACUGCCAGAAACAAGUAGUGUGCGAACAGUAUUAUUUUGAAGACCUCAGACUUCCCUUUUUUACGCUUGUUCUUCAAGAACAUACGAAAUGUUUUUUUAAUGUAAUGUUAGUCAUCCACUUGUACUUAUAAAAUACAUUAUUUUUAUUUUACUUUAAUAUGUGCUAUACUUAACUGGCAAUGAUCCAUCAAUUUAUCUACUAUUUAACAUUCCUAGGACCAUCAAAUUUUUGAAUAAGAACCCUUACAUAUCAAGUGAUUAUAAAGAUAUAGUAAUAGCUUAAUAUCAACUGUACUUAGCUUGGAAUCUCAUUGUAGCAUUUCUGCAGAUUCUCGAAAUAUUCAGUUUUGUAUAUAGCACAUUUUGUAUAGUAGAAUCGAUUUUCAGUAGCCCGGUAACAUUAGUUUUUUUCUGGAAACAUUUUCUAUUAAAUUUGACAUUUCCUAUGAUGAGGAUUUUGUAGCAUAUCAUGCGCCUCCUUUUUUGUUAACUAUGAAAGCGAUUGUUCUUAGCUUACAAUUUGACUCGAUAACAAAAUUCGGGUAAAUGCGUGUUUGUUUCUAUGUAGAUGCCCAAUGUUACCGGAUUAUGAAUUUUGUGUAGAUAUCGGUACUCGACAUGAUGGAUCUUACCAGUUUGGUACUUUUUAAGAAAAUGAUCAGUAUGUCUCAUAUAAAAUUGUACGAUAAUUCUCGUAUCAUAAUUUUUGUUUGUUUCAAGAAAAUAUAACAAUACGA